ACGAGUUGAUGUCACUCUGGUUUUAACAUUUACUGAAGAGUUAUUUUUUUUUUAGACAGCAGUAUUAGCAUGUCAUUCACAUUUCAUAUUAAAGAAACUUUAAAAGGUCUGGUUUGGUGAGUAUUGCUGGAUAGAACAGGCGUCUUGGACAAAUCAGUUUUCAUGAAAGGUGAAGUUGAUGUCCUUUUUUUUCUUUUCUUUUUUUUUUUAAUAGUAUGUGAAGAAAGGGGAAGUGCAAACAAGCUGCCUAUAUACUGAUCUAUAGCUGAGAAAGAAGUAGUUGUCAAACAUGACACGGGAACAUGGAUUCGCGUCCCAAAACCUUGUAAAAGCUGACAUUUUUAGCCACUUAGUCACACAAGUAGGAGAAAUCAUCACUUCAGGCUCAGAGUCGAUACUGGGCUUACUUAGUCAUUUUUCCUUCAGCCUGUUGGAGUGUUUUUCCCCCUACAGCCCUAAAUGACAGGGUUAGUAAGAUAGUUAGCUCUGUUUAGGCACCGGGAUCAGUUUUUUAACAAGCUCUUCAACUCUUUCAGCUCGGGAAUUUUGGUUAGACAUGUCAAAUUUGACUUUUAAUAGCGAAUAUCUUUACAAUUUACCCGCGGCUGCUGUUCAUGAAUUCACCCGUGUUAUGGAUUCACUCCCGGAUUCAGACUGGCUGAGAUUUGCUUCCCGAGUAAUAUGUGACCAGACAGAGCUUCGGCUUGUGGCGAAGAGCAGCAGACGGACGGAAACACUAAUGCACAACUGGGGGUGCAGGAACGGGACAGUCGGGGAUCUCAUAACCAUCCUGCAAGAUUUGGAGCUAUUCAGACCUCGAGAUAUCAUUCUUAAAUGGCGGCGUAUUCCACAGCUGAGCUCUGUCUCAACCUCCUCCAGCUCCCUGCUAUCACCGAGCCUCACCCGCCACAGCUCACCCCCCUCAUCGAUCUUUACCCCCUCUAAAGAUGUCACCCGGGCCCUCCCCAUUCUAGAGAGCAAGAAGCUGCUACCCAAACCUGGACCUCCACCCCCGGAUCUGAACAGAACAUGUCCCUGUCCACCAUCAACAGUUUUAAAAGAAGGAGAGAAAGAAGAGCAUUCUUGUGAUAGCUAUACAGCUGAGUCUCCUCUGUUCACGGGCGUCAUGUGCUGGCCGUUUGAAGAAGUGCAGCGAGGUACGGACAAUUUCUCCGCAGCCAGGCAGAUCGGAGAGGGAGGCUUCGGCCACGUGUACCGCGCCUCUAUGAGGAACACUGACUUUGCAGUGAAGAGGCUCAAAGAGGAUUCCCAUAUGGGUUGGAGUGUGGUGAAGGAAAGUUUUAGGACUGAGGUGGAAAGACUCUCACAAUAUCGACACCCAAACAUAAUGGACUUGGUUGGUUACAGUGUGGGAGGUGGAACGUACUGUCUUAUCUACGUGUACAUGCCCAGCGGUUCUCUGGAGGACCGGCUACGCUGUGAGAAUGGCUCUGCCCUCUCCUGGUCACAGCGUGUAAAAGUGGUGCUGGGUUCGGCGAAAGCUAUUCAGUACCUUCAUUCCUGCUCUCCUGCACUCAUCCACGGAGAUGUCAAAAGCUCCAACAUUCUCUUAGGGGAACAUCUGGACCCGAAGCUGGGCGACUUUGGUCUGGCGCGGUUGUGUCGUAACCCCAGCAGAACUCCAGGGAAGACGAGCAGCGUGGCUCAAACCUCUACAGUGCGCGGCACCCUGGCGUACCUGCCCGACGAGUACCUGAAAGAUGGCCAGCUGGGCACGGAGAUCGACAUUUACAGCUUUGGAGUGGUGUUGCUGGAGGUACUGACAGGUCGAAGAGCUUUAGAAACCAGCAGCCAGUCAAAGAAUGUUUACCUGAAAGACCUGGUGUCAGAACUGGAGGACGAUGGGAAAAGUUACAGCAGAAAGAAGGACACUCGAGAGCUCUCUAAUUCACAGGCAGCAGAGAACAUCUGGAAGAAGCAUCUGGAUCCUUGGCUGAUGUCGGCAGGAACGUCUGGCCCUCACGGGUCAAAAGAAAUCGCUCAGCUGGCGUGUCGCUGCUUAGACCGCCGGAGAAAGAAAAGGCCUCCGAUGAUUGAGGUCUUCAGUACUCUGCUGGACGUGCAAACAGGCUUGGAGGCUUUGAACACAACGGUUACAGUCAGAACGUCUCCUACUCUUCCUCAUCUGUCCGGCCCGAAGCCUCUGCGCUCCGAUAACUCUGUGGACUCUCUCUCGUGUCAGUUCUCAAAGCUCGGCCCUCAGGAGAACACUUUCUGUUGCUCGCACAACCACAGCUUCCCACACUCCCCUUCCACAGUGACUUGCUCAGAACUCCCCGAGUCGGGAAGGAGAGAAGGGUCAUGGGACAGUCGCUAUUCCUCCUCUCAUGCGCCGUGUGAAUCAGAUGAGAGUCAAGGAUAUUCACAGUAUUUUUUGCCAACGUGUACAGCGCAGAGAAACACGCCUCAGCUGGCCAAUGUCAAGACCACACAGUCAAGUAGCUUCUCAAUAGUUUCACCGAUGCCAUCGAGUGUCACUGCAGAUGACAGAGUUAUUAUUAAUCCAGUCAGACAGCGUUUAGUUGAGAAAAUGGCACUUUACGAGGAAGGUCGGAUCCUGACAUCAGACCUCUUCUCUUCUGGCGGUCCAUCAAGUAAGUCCUGCAGACGGAGUGAUGAAUACACAACCACGGGAACCAGAGGAGAGCGACGAGUUUGCUAGCGGUUUAGCCUAGACCACUCAAACUGCUACCUGCUGACGAAUUCCAACACUCGAGAGGAAAUCGGGCACGAAGGCGCUUAGCUGGUCAAGAUUUCCCGGCACCAAAUGUUCUCAACACCAAAGUGGUGGCCUAUGAACAGUUUUAUUAAUACUAUAUAUAUUUUUGUACAUUUUUAAUCGUUGGAUGGAAAUUUCCCAAAUAGACUGUGCUGCCUAACCACUGGACAGUACCUCCUAUAUGAAUCAGGACAUAAACGUGUGUGGGAUUUAAGGAGACACUGGAUAAUAUACCUUAUGCCAAGUUUAAUCCCGGAUCCUGCAAUCUUCAAAUCUGCACAGAAAUCACAACUCUUUCUUUCUUCUGUCUGAAAGUGGACACCGGUACAGAACAGAGCGAGUCAGCCUGCAUCGCUGGCGGUAGUAACCGUGAAACUGCGAUAUGUUGAAAUUUCAGGAAAGGCAAACGGUUUUAAAGCCAGGCCUGGCUGCUGUUAGGCUCGUUUUGGCGGCCUUUAUACUGUGACUGCACAUUGCAUGAAGAUUAAAACAUGCGUCUGACUGGUUUAAUAUGAAAAGGUUUGUACAAGUGUUGUCGACGUGAAUAGUUUCUAUAUUUCUUAGUCUGAUUUUUUAGGAUUAUGUUACACUUGAACAAGUAAUAUUAUCUUUCUCGAGCGUGCUGUGAUUUCAACACCGUUCCUGUCAUGAAUGUGGUCUUUAUGAUUUAGCUGGACCACAAACUGGUAGUAAAACAGUUUACUCUUUCUUUUUCCUUCAGACAUAUUUCUGCUUCACACUUCACACCACAGCUUGGAGUUGACCUACAAGCUGAAUAAGUAAUUCAAGUGCUGCGUUAUUUCAAGGGUACAUUUACAGGAUUUGCAAACUACACAAGGGAUUUCGUUUGUGAUUAAUAACUCUUUGGUCUUGCACUAUUGGCUGUAGGAGUUCAACUCAGUUCAGUGUCAUUUUCCACAUCCAAGUUUAUCACAGUUAAUGCUGACUUUGAUGUAAUUUAAUGUGUGUAUGUGCAUGCUAGAAGUGGGUGAUAUGUGAAAAAUAUCAUGUCACAAUAUUUGUGUAAUGCACGAUAUGCAUCACAACACUUAGGUUUUUUAAACUGCCAACAUCAUUUUUUUUUUUUUGUUUUGUUUUGAAAAAAGUAGUGUUAUUUAAGAAAUAUGUUUAUUUAACAUCUACAAAAAUGACUUAACACUGAAAAUUUACCUUUUUUUUUAUACAUUUAAUCAGCUGCUUUCCAUCGGUGUUAUAAAAAUUUUAAUGAUACUAAUGAUACCAAAAAUCAAGCAUAUUGUGACGCUUUAAUUAUCACAAUAUCAACAUUGUUAUAUUGUCAUAUCACUCAGCCCUAGUUCCUCUGUCUCUCAUGGUACGUUUCUGUUUGACUGUUGGGUUUUAGUGGAUCUUGGUGAGGGGGGAAAAAAAAAUUAAA